ACGACCCAACACUAGCGCGCAUGCCCGUGUCCCGCAUUGUUAGGAUCAGCUGGAUGUGAAACCCCACCCAAUGAGGAAGAACGAGCCGCGAGCAGCAGCAGCAGAACCGGACCGAGCUCGAGCCCGCACCAUGAUCGCGCUAUUCAACAAGCUGCUGGACUGGUUCAAGGCGCUCUUCUGGAAGGAGGAGAUGGAGCUGACGCUGGUCGGCCUGCAGUACUCGGGAAAAACCACCUUCGUCAACGUGAUCGCGUCGGGUCAGUUCAGCGAGGACAUGAUCCCUACGGUCGGCUUCAACAUGCGCAAGAUCACCAAGGGAAACGUCACCAUCAAGCUGUGGGACAUCGGCGGUCAGCCGCGCUUCAGGAGCAUGUGGGAGCGAUACUGUCGCGGCGUCAGCACUAUCGUGUACAUGGUUGAUGCGGCGGAUCCGGAGAAGAUCGAGGCGUCGAAGAACGAACUGCACAACUUAUUAGACAAACCGCAGCUGCAGGGAAUCCCAGUUCUGGUUUUGGGCAAUAAGCGAGAUCUUCCCGGAGCUCUGGAUGAGAAGGAGCUCAUCGAGAGAAUGAACCUGUCGGCCAUCCAGGACCGAGAGAUCUGCUGUUACUCCAUCUCCUGUAAGGAGCAGGACAACAUCGACAUCACACUACAGUGGCUGAUCCAGCACUCGCGGACCCGGAGGAGCUGAGGAGGCGGAGCCAGUGUCUGAUUGGAGGAACCGCAACAUGUGAUCAACUGUAUUUUAGGCGCUCUUGAUUUCGUUCUAAACAAACAGGCAUCCGCCCCUCUCUCUGUGCUUAUAAACUAAUCCACAUCAUUUACAUCGUUUGAAUGUUGAUUUUUACUUUUACGCGAAUGUGCUUUUUUACGGUUUGUCAUGAAGUCACAUGACACGUUUAGCUCGCGCGCAUCAUUCUGCGUGUUUGCUAGGAGAUGGGAUCAAACCUUGACUCGACGCCCACAGCAUCUGUCAGAACUAGUGCUCCCUGGUCACAUGCUUCAGGGCGUUCGCGCCGCCAUCUUGUUUUAACGUUUUUCCAAGAUUGUGCGAACAUUCCACAUGCUCUUUGAUCGUUCCCUGGGAGAUUCCGUUGAUUUACACUGUUGCUUUGCGUUUAGUAAGAUGUUAAAUCUUACUAUCAUUAGCCUGUUAGCGUGACUCGGUGCUGGCGUUGUUUCUACAAACAUGACAUCAUCCCGUAGGCAUCAAGGUCACAUAGUUUGCGUUAAUAUUGUAGCAUUACGAAAUCUUUUCAUCUGAAAGCACAUGAAUCAUUCUGAAGAGUUUAACGUGUCCAAAUUAAGGUUUUAUACGUUUCUUUUGAGUCGCUGUGACUACAGUGUUGUAUCGUUGACGUGGGUGGGUUGUCAUGGCAACCACAUUGUUUGUUUUUUUUAGGAACGUCAGUCUGCGAGCGCGUGCAGAGCAACAUCAGUGUUUUAUUUGAUUCUCGACGGGAUGCAAUACAGUAUCAGGCGACAAAUGUUGAUCUGUCUCUGUCGGACCCGCAGAUCGUUGCGCUAAUAAAAACAGCGGAGAUGCGGCAAAUGUUGCGCGAAUCUCCUGCUGAAGUCCAGUGUUGUUUCCGAACGCUGUUCCUAUUGGGGAGAGACGAAGAUCUUGUGAUUUUUCUCGCUUUGAUUAUUUCGUUUACAGCCUGUUUCGUUUUUGUCGCACGUGUGGACGUUUUUGGCUUAAAUCAUAACGGCUUAUAAACGCGUCAGUAGAUUAUACAUAUGUAAAUUGACAUAUUUUGGUUGUUUUUGGCAUGUUUUUUCACAGUGUUUUUCGACUGGAUUAUGUAAAUAGCAACUUAAACCAAAUGAGAUCUCCCUCCUGAGCAUUACGGUGUUUGUCUUAUUGUGAUUAGCAUCCUAUGAUAAUAAUAACGAUAAUAAUAACAAAGAAGACCCCACUCAUAUCACAGCAAUCUGAACAAACAGAUUGUGUGUGUGUGUGUGAGAGAGAGAGAGAGAGUGUGUAAGCGAUGGUGUUUGUGUACGGAUGCCGUCAUGUAGACUAGAGUAAUAUUUACUUUAUAAAUGCCGAAGGUUUAUUCUGUUGAUUUUUCGCAAUUGCUAAUCACUUUAUAUUCAUCUUCACUAAUGUUUGAUUGUCAUUAGUUCAUCGUCUACACAAGAGUGAACGACGCAAUGCGACAAAAUGGCGGUAAUCAACACUGCUGCACUGGUUACGAAGUCAUGUUACAAAGUCGACUUUGAUGUUACGAAGUUACAAUAAUCACCAUAGUUACAAAAGGUAUUUUUACUACAAUUCGACUGUUAUCAAAACGUGCUGCAAACAGCUUUGUUGACAAUAGCAGUCGUUACGAAGCCAACUUUUAGUUCUGUACAAAGUUGUGCGCUUGCGACAGCAUUAGUAUAAUGAAGCCGACGUAACAAAGUUGAUUUUGACAGUAAUUUGCGAAGUCAAACUAUGAAGUUACAUUCAUACUUUAAGUUCGUAAAAGGCAUUGUCAAAAUCAACUUCAUAACAGUCAUUUACGAAGUCAACCUAAUGAAGUCGACUUUGUUGAUUAUACCCAAGUCUUUUUCGAAGUCAACCUAGUUGCGCACAACUUGCGCAACAUCAAGUUCGUAAAUGACUUUGUUGAAGUUGAUUUGCAAAAGCUAACCAAGUCAACUUCGUUGAUUUUAUUGACAUCUUUUACGAAGUUAUACUAAUGAAGUCGUUUUCAUAAUUCACUUGGAUAGCUAAGUGGAUUCAAACUGUUACGUGACUUUGUUAGGUUCGUAAAUUACUUUGUAAAAGUCACUUAUGAAGUCAUCCUCCAGUUCGUUAAUGAAGUGUGGAGCACUUUAUGGAUUAUGACGGUCGGAUUGUUGCUUUGUCGUGUUGUGUUACUUGAUUCGCCAUUGAUCGCAGAACGUUUGUUUUUCUGCUGCUCUUGUUGUUCAUGUUCACUCCUUUCAUCAUGAGCUCAUCUGGGCUCUCGUCAUCUUCUGUAUGCGUGUUGAUUCAGUUAUUUUUUUUAUGUCUAAUUACAUGUGGCCAUAAUGUUUCUUUUGAUAUUUUAAUUGUUUGUAGCAGUGCCGCUCUUUUAUUUGCUGGGGAAUCAUGCGAUUUCACCCCUGCAUGACUCAUUAUGGGAUGGAGCUGGUUGCCGUAGUUACUGUAUAAUCAGCGUGUGAUUGGACCGAGCUCGAUUAUGUUCUCCCCCCCCCCUUUAUAUGGAUCAGACAGUAACUUUUUAAAGCAGUCAUAUAACAGGUGUUUCUGUACGAGACUCGAUCAGUUGAGUUGUUCAUUUGGGAUCUUUCUAUUCUCUCGUGCUCGCGGUGAUAACUACAUGUUGUUCUUGUUGUUAUUUACAGAUUAUUUAAAAAUGAAAUUAAAUGAUUUCCCUCUCAGAA